UGAGACUUUGACCACACUUCUGUUAGCACACUUUGAAUGCAUUGAAGCGAAGUAAAUGCUCUCAGCGAAACUAUUUUUUUUCUUCAUAAGAGUCAUCUUUCGACAUCUUGUAGGGUUACUAUUGGAAAGAAAAUUGCGACCCAAAAGCUUAAGUAUCACCAAGAGGACAACAUGUUGAACGAAACUAAGCCAAACGACACAAAAUACAUAUUUGAUUACGCGGAGCAUUUCAAAAAGGUGCAAUUGGUUCCCUACAGCAUCGUCAUGGCCGUCGGCUUUUUCGCGAACUUGGGAAUUUUUUCCGGCUCUUUCAGACGACGACACGUCACCUGGCACAAUAGCAACUACUUCGCACUAAGUUUUGCUUUUGCCUGCUUGGGUGUAUGCACAGUGACCAUACCUAUCGAAAUUUACGAGAACACUGUUAAACCACUGAAACUCACCGAGUUUACGUGUAAGUAUGUCGUACAAAUGCAGGAGACGUUCCAGGGAGCUACACUUUUUAGCAUCUCCUUGCUUGCCAUUUUUCGCGCCUAUCAGGUGAAGUUCAGCCCGACGAAACUGUGCUCUAGACGGAUUUGCCUCGCACUUUUAACUGGUCUGUGGGUCAUUUGUUUCUGCAUCUUCACCGUACCCACGUUUUUCAUAUUCAAGCUUCAUUCGCAAGGUUUCUGCGAAGCGGUUUUUAAAGACGAAACGUUCAAGGUCCUUUUCCUGUCGAUCGUAAUCGUUAUCAUGGUCGUUCCCAUCCUGUCUUCUACAAUAGCCCAUGGCUACGUUGUCAUUAAGAUCGCUCGAAAUAACACCUAUUGCAUGCAAAUCUUGAAGCUCGGUAAUCGAAAAAUGACCGCGCUGCUAAUCCUGCAAAUUCUGUCGUGCUGGAUUAGCUACACUCCCAACAUUGUCUACUUUACGUUGAGCGUGCAUACGAGCGUCAAGUUUGACAAACUGUACGCGUGGUCUAUUGCAAACGUAUUCUUUCUCACCGGUUCCGGCAUGAACCUUGUUCUAAUCCUGUUGUCGAUGCCUUUGGAAUACAACAUUCCAAUUUCAGUAGCACCGAAGCAAAGCAGACAAAUCGUAUAUCUGGAGAAGCAGUCGCUGAAUGAAACGAACGUGUGACAACGUUUUUGACCAUGACCAUAGCAAUAGCAUAGUUUUUUAUAGAUUAUUUGGCUAGUUUCUCUCGAAUGUGGAUUGCCACUUGAUAUAUUUACACUACUCCAACUGAACCGAAUAAAACGACACGCCGACUAGGCGGUAGCUAUAUAACGAUUUAUUGCGGAUUAUGUGGUUUGUUUUCGUGACUUUUUCGUGAUACGAAAAUUGAGCCUACACUGACUAGAGUUAGAAUUUCGAUAUAUGGUGAAUAGGCAUAUCUUUCAUUUGAAUACAAAAAUUACUUUAACAUC